CGCAUGCCGCGUCAGGCCCUCCUUCCUCCGCCCUCCUCCCACUUCAAUCCCCUCGGCACUCCCGCGACUACAGUUAACGCCAGAGACCUCAACCGGUACACUCGCUACGUCUUCAGCUAAUUAUUUUCUAUUCACCUCCUUUGAUACGUCAUUCGAAUUCAGUGCAGUCAUUUGUUUUGUUUUUUUUUUAAUUGGCUAUUCGAUUGCUUAUUUGUGUUGUGGAUUGUGAGCUGAGAAAAAUGCUUUCUUGAACGUGUUAUACAAGAAGUUAUAAAUCGAUGGAUCGGCAUUUGUUUAGUUUCGUCGAAACUCUACCAGUGCAGCAAAUAAAAUAGUCGAAAAACAAUCACUCUUCUACAAAGAUGACAGGUGACACAGCAUCCGACAGUCCAGAGCACCAGCCUCCAGGGGUGGUAGAAUUGAGAGAGGACAUCCCUCUGAAGGCUGGCGUUGGAAUGAGUGGCGGCAUGUGGGGCGGCGGCGGCUGCGCUCGAGGCCCGAAGCUCAUCGUGGCCGCAUUCGCUGUUCUGUCCGCUGCAAUUACGCUCGCUCUUCUUACACAAAUAUAUUAUGGGGAUUAUGAGGUUGUCCCCCACGGCGCCGCUUCAUCAUCAGUAGCUGCCUGUUCACGAGCUGGCACAGACGCGCUGAAGGCAGGCGGGUUCGCGUUAGAUGCUGCUGUGGCCGCAGCCCUGUGUCUCGCAGUAGCUGCACCCCAUCGCACUUCCAUGGACGCGAGUGGAUCGAUGCUUUACUGGGAGUACCGCCAGUCACGCACUCAACAGCCUACGCUGAUAGAGUGGGGUGGUAGCAUGUCUAAAACGCUUACCCCGCGCCCACCUCGUCUGGUGGCUGCCAUGGCUGCGCUUCACUCACAACUCGGUGUGCUGCCGUGGUCGCGCUUACUACAGCCAGCGAUCGAUAUCGCCAGAGUUGGUUUUCCAGUGUCUGAAGGUCUGGCAGCAGUAGAAGGAGCGGCUGCGUCUACUGUGAUAGUGCCAGGCACGCUAAGAUCUGCACAUGCUCUAGCGGACUUUCUGGAAUCGUUACAGCACAAUACUAGCUCUGAAUUAUCAGCAGCAUGGGGCAGUGAAUCCUUACUAAGGAAAAGCUCAGUGCAGCCCACGACCGCUGGUGAGACACGGGUGUGGGCGGGUGGAGCCGGUGCUACUGUGGCGCUACAAGCGCUUGUGUCAGCACUUGAAUCACCUCUGACGAAGCCGGACCAGGAGUCACUGAAAGUGGUGAAGUCUUUGCAACUAUCAGCGGCGGCUGCAGGAAGUGAGUGGCCUCCCACAGGAGUAGCCUCAGGUCUGGCAGUCGUCGAUCGCCGUGACAACUACCUCGCACUUGUCACGGGGCUUUCAGUACCGUUCGGGAAUGGAGCGUUGACUGGCGAGGGAUGGGCGUACGACGAUCCUACAGCGCCACUGGAUCUUGCGCCCGCAUUACUCACUGAUGAUCAGAUCUGCGGUACAAGGUACAUCGUCGGCGCUGAAUCAUCAGCUGCCCUAGCACAAGCAGCAUUAGUACUCGCAACGGGAGGAGGUGCGGGUGGCGUAGAACGUGCAAGAUUUGAUAUCCUACGAGGCGGGGCUCUGGCACUCGAGGCUUCACGACCCGAGCCGCUUCUUCCUUCUCUUGUACCAACCGUCAACGCGUCAUUACCCUACGCGGCUGUUAAUGUUGUACAGCAACGUGGUGACGCGCUACUCUCUCAUGCUGAUAGUCGCGGUGGUGGUCUUGCGUCUCGUUUUUAAUCUCUACUCACAAGCAGCUGGUUAUCCUAUGAGACGGGGCUCUGGCAUUCGAGGCGACUCGACCCAAAAUCGCCUCUCUUAUCCUUCAUGCUAAGUCGACUAUUCGGCGUUAUUACCGUACGCUGCCGUCAAUCUUGUACAGAAAUGUGGUGAUCCGGUUUUCCCUCAUGCUGACAGUUCUGGUGGCGGUCUUGGGUCACGUUAAUAAUCCCUACAACUAGCAAGUAACGAAACGCGACUGGUACAGUGAGGCGGGGCUCUGGCACUCGAGGUGACUUAACCCGAAUCGCGUCUAUUUUCUUAUGUACCAACCGUCAAUGCGUCAUUACCGUCCGCUGCCGUCAAUGUUGUACAGCAACUACAACAACUAGCAAUCAAUAAAAGGAUGCUGGUUAUCGUACGACGCUAGUUCGGAGUCAUUGAAACUUUUUUUGUUCUUUUUUUGUCUGGGAAAUGCCUUACGCAUCCUUCAACCACCGAGCGAAAGGAAGGUAUGUGGGACUCUUCCCUGCUCAUUUCAGCCAGCCCUUAGGCCGGGUGAAAUGAGCAGGGCCCUACCUAACACUAAAAACCAGACAAUACUCCUGCACCGGUCACCCGGCGUGCAUUGGGGGGACUGCGGUCCUCAGAAUCGGAUUGCGUGUGUGGUCGCGGCAACCGUUGCCGACUGUCCGCGAGUCACUGAACCUAACGUCACAUUUUUAAUCCCUACGACUACAAGCACACUGCGAAACAACGACGGUUUUCCAGCGAGAUUGUAAUAGGCGUGUCGCAUUUCGUCUAUUAUAAUAGUUAUUUCUUCUUCUUCUAGUUGCAAGUUGCAAAUGCAUUGAAAAUGUUGCUAUUUAUGUCUUUAGAAUGUAUAUAUUACUCGUAAAAGUAUCUCAUUAUAGCUCCUAUAGUGUGAAGAAAUGGCAAAGCCUUGCAAUCUAAAACCAUUGCGGUCUCGAUACCAUAGUAGUUAGUGUAUUCGCACAGAUCUGUACCUGGGCCGAGUUCAUUUGUUUGUGUUGAAAGUAAUCAUUAGACGGCAAAACCUACCAAUUUAUAUAAAUAAUAACACUAUCCAAGUACUAGUGCUGAAAUUUUAAAUAAAAUUGUGAUAUGUUUAAGCAAUAUGUUUAAUCCAUUGACCAAAUCGAAUUGUAUUCAUUUAUAGUAUUAACAAAGAUUUAUUAUUAUUAAUUUUACACGCACCCGUCCAAAAUCUAAGAUCUCACUUUUAAAUAAUCUAAGCUAACGAAUAAAUUAUUUAUUUUACAC